AUGAUUGACUUUUUACACCCAGGGCCCACAGAGGAGGACCUAGCAGAUGAAGACUACGAGAGGAAGGCGGAGCAUGUGCGAAAGGCAAAGGAGGCUGCCGAGGAGCUUCGACUGCGGACCUGCCAUAUUGCAGGCUUAGCCGAGGAUACCGACCCUGAGUCCAUCAGGAAGCUCUGUGAAGGCUGGGGCGAGGUGGAGACCCUCAGGAUAGACAAGGAUGCAGACGGUCUGACCUUCGGCCUUGUUGAAUUCAAGGAGACGAAGGUUGCCCACGUCGUGAAGAUGCAGCGGUCUUUCCUUGUGGAUGACGACCGGGUUCUGGUGUUCACAGAGGCAAAGUCUCACGUGGACAACGCCAAGGUUGAAGAAAUGACAGUGCAGUUCCAGGCGCCAAUCAUUGACGCGAUGAACAUGCGGUCUGUGCUGGCACAGCAAGUUCCCUUUGCGGAAAAGCUGGCCAAGGUGAAAGCAGCUGCAACCGAGAUCUUGACAGCGCCACCCGAUGGAGAGGCCAAAGCGGCUUCCGACGAAGCGCGCAAGAAGGACAAGAAAGAAAAGAAGAAGGACAAGAAGGACAAGAAAGAGAAGAAAGACAAAAAGUUGAAGAAAGACACAGACGGAAAAGAAGAGUUGCGCAAAGAAAAGAAAGAGAAGAAGAAAGACAAGGACAAACGGAAGGAUAAAAAGAAAGAAAAGAAGGAUAAGGAGGGUCAACUGCCGAAGCGGCCAAAGCUUGACGCAGACACGGCAGAGGCUGAAGCCCUGAUAGAGGAGGAGGAAGAGGAGGAGAUGGUUGACAUUGAUGAGGAGGUGGAGGUAAUGGCUGAGGGAGAAGUCGUCGGCCUCAUGGGGAGCUCUUCGUCCUCGUCCAGCAACUCCGAUUAUGGGGCGGAUGCACUUGUGGAGCUCCCCAUGGACGUGUCAGCGCCAGACGAAGUCAGCGAUGGCGACGAUGUUGUGUGCGAUGCCCCGACUCCCUUGCGGCCACUGAAGGGCAAGGGCAAAGGCAAGGGGAAGCUCCUCCUGCGCGGGCGGGGCCUCGGGAUUUCCUGCACCCCGCGGAUGCGUGGUCUGCUACCGCCGUUGCGCGGCCUUCCACGCAGUCCACCGCCCAAAGGUGCUAUCGACCUGGAUGACACUGCUGUGCUGGAUCUGAGCUAG